GGCAGCUUCGGGGGUGACACGUAUCUAAAGUUAAAGGUGGUACGGAGGCCGCACCGGGACUUAACUUUUUUUUAUCUUUUACUUGUUUUUCACCUAAGUUUUUUGACUUGCUCCAAAAACUCUAACUGCAGGACGGAGACACGGGACUAAGAACGGCCGCUGCCAGUGUCGGUUUGUGCUGCGUUUCAGCUGCGGUUGAAGUCGAGCGUAAAUCCUGAGAAGUUACACGGGGAAGUCGUUGAAGUGGCUGAGCUGAAAUAAUGUUACAAACAUGGCUACGAUAAGUCUUUAAGUCUGUUUUAGUCCGUGUGGAUGUGGCCGUGGGGUGUGGAGAGGUGAAGUAAGUGGGAGUUCACCGCGAGGAUACAAAUAAAAGUGAAGUGGGAAGUUUCCCGCAGCAGAGACGGGGCAUUCUCGCUCAGGCGUCGCGGAGGGGAGCGGGUCCAACAUGGGUAACGGGGUGUGCUCCCGGAGACAGCGACGGAUCUUCCAGUUCCUGCUGCUGCUCACGGUGGUCUGUGGGAUGAUGUACGGCGGGAUGAUGUCGUACGAGAUGCACAAACAGCUGAAGAGGACGGAGGCGAUGGCACUGAAGUACCAGCAGCACCAGGAGUCUCUGUCGGCUCAGCUCCAAGUGGUGUACGAGCAUCGCUCCAGGCUGGAGAAGUCUCUACAGAAGGAGAGGUUAGAACACAAGAAGGCCAAAGAAGAUUAUAUGGUUUACAAACUUGAAGCUCAACAGUCUCUGGCCAAGGAGAAGCAGGAAACUGGCAGCAAAUUGAAUUCUUUACAAGUGCAGCACCAGAUGUUGAAGAACCAGCACGACGACCUGAAGAAACAGUACUACUCCCUGCAGGAGCAGCACCAGGCGGAGGGCGACGACCACGGCCGGCUGCUGGACGAUCACAGGCAGCGCUAUGAGAAGCUGCAGCAGCUCAAGGAGAUGGAGGUCUCUCAGCUGAAAGAAAAUGUUUUUAACCUGAGAGAAGAGAACAAACACCUGAGGAAAGCCCACCAUGACAUUCACGUGCAGCUCCAGGACGUGCAGGUUCAACAUCAGGACCUGAAGGCGGUGCACGAACAGCUGUCACUAACACUACAAGACCACAAGAGUGCGCUGGCAGCAGCCCAGAUGCAGGUGGACGAGUACCACCGUCUGAAGGAGUCCCUGGACGCGGCUCCAGGUCCCAGACGGUCUGAGCAGAACCCUCCUCUACAUGAACUCCAUGCAGCUGCAGGUGCAGCCCCCCACCACCAGGACCAGGCAGCUGGAACAGAGGAGGAGUCACACGUCGUCGCGUCCAACCGUGGAGGUCACCAGGACCAGAACAACCAACGCUCUGACGUCACGCCCCCCCCCACCGUGUCUCGCCACACCUCGGACAAGGAGGAGGAUGACGGAGAAGGAGAGGCAGAGAGGAGGAGGGAGCUGGCCGAGGAGGAGAUGGCUCAGGCGGGACAGCCUCAGAAGCUGGAGGAGGACCCUGACCAUCCCCAGGACGACCAGCAGGGGGACGAAGAGGAGGAGCACGGGCCGGAACAGGAACAGCCUGACCAGAAUGAGGUGGAGCGUCAGCGUCAUCAGCAGCAGCAGCGGGAUGUUCACGUGGAGCCUCGUCCGGACGCACGCUCCGCCUACGAGCAGCAGCAGGAGCAGCAGCGUCUGGAGGCCCAGAGGGCCGAGCAGAGCAGGCAGAUUCAGCUGCGCCAGGAGGCCCUGCGGGUCCACAGGGAGAGGGUGCUGAAGGAGCGCGAGCAGAAGAUGAAGGAGGCGCAGGAGAGAGAGCUGCAGCAGCACAGGGAGGCCGACAGACGGGAGCAGCUGCUGAGGGAGGAGCACCAAAGGAGGAGGACGGAUUACGAGAAUAUUGACAAUGACAUCGUCCAAGGAGCAGAGGACGGUCCUGCUGCAGACGGAGAGAGAGAUGUUCCUGCAGCACAUGAGGAGGAGGAACCUGGAGCAGAGCACAGGCUGCCAACACGUCAGCAGGUGGCCGUCAACGGUGAGCUGAACCCGGAGGACGACCCCAACAACCAGGGGGAGGACGAGUUUGAGGAGGCCGAGGACGAACGUCCUCAUCACAAAGUCACGGAGGAGGAGGAGGAGGAGCCGCUGGAGGAGGAGGAAGAGGGCGAGGAACCAGCAGCCCCCGCACAGCAUUUAGACACCCACCCUGUCCACGAAGAGCACGCGGUGGAGGAGGAGCUAGUUGUGGCAGGAAACCCAGAUCAGNUGUUGGACGACCAGUACCAGGAGGAGGUUGAAGGCGAGGUCCAGGAGGACUUCCCUGGAGGACGGAGGAGGGCGGGGGAGGGAGAGGGGGAGGAGGGGGAGGAGGAGGAUCCAUAUAAUGAGGAAAACGUAGAGCAGGAAGUUGUAAAAAACCAGGAUGGAAACGUGGAGGUUCACAGGAAAGGUCCAGAGAAUAUGGAGGAGGAGGGGGAUGAGGAGGAGGGUGAGGAGGGUGAGGAGGGUGAGGAGGGGGCAGCUGCUCAGGACAAGGGACAUCGCAGGGCAGAGAUGUAGGACACGCCCAGACUGGAACCUGCUGCACUGCAUUCUGGGAUUUUAUUGCUGCCUCUCUUUUCCUCGAUCACAAAGGAAUAAAGUGGGCGUUCAUUCAGCGUCCAAUCACAAACCUUGGAGAAAUGUGCUGGGAACUUUGGAGACUCUUCCAAAGCUGUAUGUUCUCAGCUGAUCAGCUCCCCCUGGUGGAAGCGGACGGAGUUUCUGGGAUGUAUAAUUUUUUGAAUUCAUUUCACCUGUAUCUGAUCCACUGUUUUAUAAUUCAUAAGAAUGUAUUUUUAUAUCACGUACUGUGUUUUUGUAAAGAAACCAAAAUCCAGUUGUAAUAUUCGCCGUCAGACGUUUCCUGUUAACCCCUCGAGGGUCUGCUGUUUUUGGUUUUUUAAGAACUGAAUGGUUUGUUUUGAGUCUGCGCUUCAAUGGAAAAACAAUCAAACAUUUCCUGUUAUUUAUUGUGUAUUCGACCCACACUGAGUGACAAUCACGAGGAGGCGUGCCUCUCCAACGCCCCCUCCUGGCCAAACUCCUGUUCUCUCCAUGAUUCACAUCAACAUUUCAUGGCUGACAUUUAAAGGGACAAAGCUGCUACUUCCUGUGAGUUGUUGACAAUCUGACAUGUGCCUUUCCCUGGGGGGGGGGGGCGCGUCACGACUGAGUCUUCAUCAGAGCCAGUCAGUGCGGCCCACUUCCCCCACAAGUCUUUCCUGACGAUUUCUGUUUCUGAACUGAGUGUCGUCAAAUAAAGAGGAUCUGAGGUGAA